CUUCCGGUCACUUUGGAUUCAAUUGCUCAAAAACCUGUUCCAGAAAUUGUAUAGACAACUGUUCGCAUACAGAAGGAUCAUGUACAUGCGCACCCGGUUGGAUGGGCUCCCCAAAUUGCACAACAAAAUGUGCAUCUGGGAUGUAUGGAAGAAACUGCCAAUACACAUGCAGUGGACAUUGUGCACAUGAUGAAAUCUGUAGUAGAUUUGAUGGACAUUGCUCAAUGGGUUGUAAGGCACCAUAUGUUGGACUGACCUGUGACUAUACGAGCUAUGUACUCGGCAUAUCAGUUGCUAUAAUUUCAACAUGGGCUCUUGCAUGUGUUGUAUAUUUAAUCUUCAAAAGGUUUAUAUUCAACACUGACAAGAAACAAAGUAGUACUUCAAACCCAAAAGGAAGAAUCAAAAGUGGGACACUCAGGUGCAGACACGGAUAAAGAUAGAGUAUCUUAUCAGAAAUUGAGCGAGAUCGAGAACAAGAAUUAUGAAGAAUUACAAAUUGAGGGAAAUCUUACGUUGAGUUACCCUGAGAACCUUGAUAUAAACUUGAUGACAUACACGA